UUUUAACACACAGGAACACAUCCGUAGCCAUUUUGGCUCAAGCUGGCUUCGGGCGCUGGGCGGGCGGCGUGCCCCCCCGCUGCGGCUCGGGCGAUGGCGACGGUCCGUCCCCCCGAUGGGGAAGCGGUGGCGCUGCUCGCCCCGCUCGUGAAGGCGGCUGCGGCGGGUGCGGCCGAAGGCGGUGGCGGGCGGCAGCAGGUCGCCGCCGCUGUCGCCUCGGCCCUGAGCACGGGUGCCGCGCUGCUCGCCCCGUGCCAGGCCUCCGAAGUUGAGGAGGAGGUGGCGGUGCGCGAGCAGCUUGGGAGGGCCCACCUGGCGGAGAUGGUCAAGGCUGGCCGCGCGGGCGCGCAGCCGCGGCCGUCGGGGGCCAGCCGCGCCUUCCGCGGCUGGGCCCAGCGCGCCGAGUUCGGCGGAGGGCCCCGUGAUGUGCCUGCCACGGCGCGCGAUGCCAGGCGCCGCGGGAGGGGCCGUCGUCGCUGCGCUGGCGGCGCCGAGUCGGCGGGGACGGCGGGCGCCGCGACCACAGACGACCUGGAGGCAGUGAAGGAGCGGCUCGAGGAGGGUCGGGAGGUGAAUGUCCCGUUGAAGCCGGUUGAGAAGGAGAAGGGGGAGAUGAAGAAGCUUGUCUUCCAGGUAAACCGACGAGGUGAAGGUGGUGGUAUCGGCCAUGGGUGAGUUGGCCCUGGUGAACACUCGGCUCAACAAAGGGGAGACCAAGAUCGGCUCUGAGAAGCUCAAGGACGUGAAUGCCCCCAAGGUGACGGCCCAGCUGGUCACGGACUGCCGCAAGGUGGAGUACAACCACAUGGACGUUGACGCUAAGGAUGGCGUCGCGGUCAAGAUCGGCGACGACGACGUGUUCGCGGAGUGCAGCGAUGUGAGCCUCUCUGUCGAUCCCGUCAAGGGCAAGGGCAGGCGUCUCGAGGCCGAUGCACCUGGAGUGCGUGCGCAGGGACGGGUGGCUGCGGCCGUGGCGGCCCAGGCGGCAAUCCUGGGCUGCGAUCUGGCCGAGGGGCUGCGGCUGCUCGAGGCGGCUCAGGUCUUCGGCCAGGCCGAGUGAGGCGUGCAGUUGCAUUCUGUAUGUAGAUCUGGUCUCGCCUCGGUGGGGGGGUUGGGCGUCUGAGGGGGUUGGCCCUUCCGCCUGCCCGGGCCUGUAGGGGCCGCCCCGUCUUGGUUUCGUAUGGGUUUUUCCCCUUUGCCUUGAAGGCCCCGUCUUUGACUUUAACUGUAAGACACAGGAACACGGCAGAACACGCAGGAGUAUGAGGAGCUCGGC